GUCUGCCUCAGACUGAAUGAGACUGAACAACUCACUAACAUUUGCAACAUGGCUCUUGCAGAUGCGAUGUUGCCGUCGAUAAAUACUUUUUCAAGCAACCAGAUUUUAGACCAAAAGCAGUCUGAAAUUGUUCGGGACUGGAAAGUUGACCCAACUAAGACAGUUGGAGACGUGAGACCCCUCAUCGAAGUAGAGUUCAGCAUUGUCGAAUCUCCAUCUUUGGCCAAAGACGAGGACGAUCUUUCCAAAUUUUUGGAUCUAGAGUUCAUUCUGUCUAACUCUGUCACGUCUGACAUUGACAACAACUCAGCGCAACCGCCGCCCGCCUAUUCUCUACCGGAGUCACCCGAAAGCUGCAGUACUGUGUAUGACAGCGAUGGAUGUCACCCGACGCCGAACGCUUUUUGCGGCAACAACUUUACAGCACGUCCCGGCCACAGUCUGGUAGCCGAGUUGUUUACCUCGGACAUGAAUUAUCAUGGCGACUCGCAUGAUUUUAAAGACAGACUGGAGUACACAGAACUAAGGGCUCUAAACUGUCGAAACCAUGUGUCCACUUCUAAUAACGUGGGAUACAAAAUAAAAUCCGAAAACCACGAGCAAUCCUGCAUGAUGGCCAACGACUACGUGGGUCAUUAUUAUGGACAAGAACCCCAGCGCGUGAUGACUUACGGGCAUCACGUUCAACACGAUGUGCCUCGGGACGUUUUAGGGAGGAAAGACUGCAUCCUAACAGAAAUGAACUCUCACCAUAACAUUGAAAUUGCACAGCAACAGCAGUUCAUGAAUAGCGCGCAUUUUCCUCCUCAAUACGCCCAGCAUCAGCAGUAUCAUGGACAUUACAGUAUGUUUAGCGAACCACUGCGGGCAAAUCACCCGGCCAUGCCAGGUGUGUUGCUGACUCCACCAUCCUCACCGCUCCUGGGAUUUUUAAACCCAGAAGACAGCAAGCCAAAACGAGGGCGUCGGUCAUGGGCACGAAAACGGACUGCGACGCACAGCUGUGAUUUCCCCGGAUGUGGGAAAACGUACACGAAAAGCUCCCAUUUGAAAGCGCACAUGCGGACACACACAGGUGAGAAACCCUACCACUGCAGCUGGGAAGGCUGUGGGUGGAAGUUCGCCAGGUCAGACGAGUUGACGCGUCACUACAGGAAACACACCGGACACAGGCCGUUUCAGUGCCACCUGUGCGAGAGAGCUUUCUCCCGCUCGGAUCACCUGGCCCUGCACAUGAAGAGGCACAUGUAGGCUAACCAACAACUGAAAAAGAGACUAUCUAUUUUAAACGACAAGAUAAUUUUAUAUUGUUAGGACAAUUCCUAUUUUGGGACAGCAGUUAUUAUGUGAAUAGCAGUAUAAUGUAAUUUCCUUUAAAUUAUGUCAGUAUUUAAUAGAAGGAGAUUCUUGUUCAUUUAGAAGGUAAAUUAGUACUUUCCCAGAUGUAUAAAAACGGGGCAGGACCCAUACUUUUGUAUAGGCUAUAUGUUUUUUUUGUUUUUAAAUCUCAAUUUAAACAUUUGUAUCAAGUCAGGGAGUAUUUUUUCAUGGAUUUUCAGAAUUAAAAGCAUUGUCUUUUUGUACUCA